CGGCCUUACAGCAAGUGAGAGUUGGGAAGUGCAGCUAGUGGCACCGCAUCCUCCCCUCGCCCCGGACUCUAACCGGUGAUAAUCCGGCUAAGAUCAUCUGGAUAAACGAGCUGCAUCCCUCCAAAUCCUCCAGAAACAAACAGAGACCGCUGUUUUUUCUUUUUAACGCUGAUAGAUAAAGAAAGAUGAACGAGACUGAGCUCGUUUCCUACGAUUUCGAGCGGCGUUUCGACGAGAGACAAGCUCUGGAAUGGAUGCAGGAGAACUGGAGCAAAUCGUUCAUGUUCUGCGGCCUUUAUGCGGCGCUCGUGUUCGGCGGGCAGUACUUCAUGAGGGAACGGCCGAAGCUGAACCUGCGACGUCCGUUAGUGCUGUGGUCGCUCAGCCUGGCCAUCUUCAGCAUCAUAGGAGCAGCGAGGACGGGACUGUACAUGCUGCACGUCCUCACAAACAGCGGCUUCAGACAGUCGGUGUGCGACAACAGCUUCUACAGCGCCCCCGUCAGCAAAUUCUGGGCCUACGCUUUUGUUCUUAGCAAGGCCCCUGAGCUGGGUGACACGGUCUUCAUCAUCCUCCGGAAGCAGCGCCUCAUCUUCCUGCACUGGUACCACCACAUCACCGUGCUGCUGUACUCUUGGUACUCCUACAAGGACCAGGUGGCGGGCGGCGGCUGGUUCAUGACCAUGAACUUUGUGGUUCAUUCUCUCAUGUACACGUACUACGCAGCCCGGGCGGCCGGCCUGCGGGUGCCCCGUCCCUGCGCCAUGAUCAUCACGGUCACCCAGAUCCUGCAGAUGGCGAUGGGCCUGACUGUUCUGGGCCUGGUGUACCUCUGGAUGCACGAGGUGCGCUGUCCGUCCUACGUGGACAACAUCGCGUGGGGCUUUCUCAUGUACCUCAGCUACUUGGUCCUUUUCGGCUUGUUCUUCUACAACACCUACCUCAGAGGCUCCUCCGGGGACAAAGGAUCCAAGGCAGAGUAGCACGCCUGCACUGUGCGCCGCAGUCGUAUUGAAGUGUGCCAUACGUAGACAUAAGCAACAGUGAGGGGCCAUGAAUGUGCGAGUCACAGCUAGUUAACUGGUUGCUCGGUCCUCCUCUUUUUAUGACAUUUUCACGUGACUUUUUAAAGGCAUCUGUAGCUCAGAACAGUUAUUCAUCCGUGGAUUUAGAGCGGUAGGAAAGCGGAGGCCGGUUCGAACUGAGCACAGUUUAAAAUGAUCUCAUGAUAAUGUGAUGAAAGACGGGGAUGGAGCAACACCAUGUUUGUGUUUGACUAACAUAGUCUCACUUCAUUUGAACAACUGCCUUGGUUACUUAGACUCUUGACAAAUCUGAGGGCCAAAUGUUUGUGUUAGUAUGUUGUGAUCAAUUUUAAAUUGUUAAAGGAAUAGUUCAACAUGUUGGGAAAUUCUUCCAGAGCAUGCGAUGAGAAGAUUGAUAUUAAUCUCAUGUCUGUGCUUUAAGCUGGAUUCAGGACGUGUAUUAGCUUAGCACAAAGGCUGUAAGGAGGGGGAAACACCUCAACAGUACAACACACAACUAAAGCUGGCUCACUUAAAAGAUAUAUUUUAUUUGACCUGUAAAUAAAAUUAAUGUAAAAACGACCAUUUGUGAAUUUAGGGGGAGUUAUGUGCAGUACAGUUUGCACUUCUUAGCAGUGUCUACAGCUAUUGCACGGGUUGCCAGAUGCAGCAGGAGCGCAGGUUUUGGUGUCUGAACAGAGAGAGUGGUACAAAACCACCUAAAUCCACAAAUCAUCAUUUUAACAUUUCUUUUUAUGUACAAAUGAAACAAACAAGAUACUAAUGUUAAUUAGGAGCUUUGGACAGAGCUAAGCCAGCUCCACCUGCUUCUGGUCUUUACGCUAAGCGUCGUGACUCCAGAUGUGUAUUACUUAACGCAAAGACAUGAAAUUGUCGUCAAUAUUUUCAUCCCACUCUUCAGAAGAAAAAAAAAUUGUAUUAGCCAAAAGGUUUUCCUUUUGAAAUGGGGUCUGUCUUAGCACAACUGUGAUCUAGUAGUAGUAGUAGGAAAUGUAGGAUUACCAAAAGGGAUUGAAUACCUCACAAUGCACUGAAUGAAUGAAAGGUUGUUUUCUCGUGUUUAGUUUCAGCACUGAGUACACACACGUUACACAUAGCAUUUUAAAUAUGUAUCCCUGAAAACACGUCACCCUCAAACAGUACUGCUCAUAAACCACUACGCAUGUUCUGAUUACGCCGUGUGUGGCGACAGUAAACUGAGACAUGCUAAUGUACGCUCAUUAGAUGUUAUUUUAAAAAAGGAACACUAACAAUCUAUUUAACACGGCCUUUACUGUGUGUCUGUUCUCACCACACAAGCACUUUGUUAGACGAUAAGACAUUCUUCAGCUGACAGCCGUCCCACAGCAAAUCACUUCCAGGAAGUGGGUUGUGUAAUAUGUUGAGCCAAAGUUCUCCUGCCCGUGUCCUUUUGUAAAAAAAAAAAAAAACUAAAUCAUGUUUACUCACUGUGCACCUUUUGCCUUCUUCAUCUCACUUGAGAACUUAAACUGGACAAAGCCCAGUCUGCAUCUAAACCAAUGGCCAGACGUUAAAACUCUGUGUACACACGAAGAUAGAAACACUGUAGGUGAAACUGGGAGCACAUGCACAAGCCGUAGGUAGAUAUGGACACACCCUAAGACGUUAGGCCUGUAGUUUCACUAAUGGGCAACUAAAAACAAACAAACCAAAUUCACUUAUUUGAGUUAACGAACAAUCACUUUAUUAUCCAACGAAGGUUGAAGUCAAGGGCAACUGGACUUGGCUGAAGAAAAGACGUUUUGUCCCUCAUCCAAGAGACUUUUUCAGUUCAGUUCAGAACUGAAAAAGUCUCUUGACUGAGAACCUUCACAGACAUCACUUUAUUAUACUAUGACAUUAAUUGAUUCUGGUCCCAGUGUAUGCCAAUCCAACAUUGCAUCGGUCUCCACGCUCCCGAACUACACGGCACAGUCACUUAGGGGCAGAUCUGAGUGUCAGCGGUCGUAACUGAAAUCAGUUUAACCAGAAAGUGAUUGGAUUGUUUCCUUUGAAGGACUUUUAGAGACCCAAAGAGAUCAAAGUAUCAUAGUACUUUACGAGAGAAAUAUCUAAAAUGAGAGAAAAAAUAAAUCUUUCUUAUCCUUUUAGUCUUCAUAUUUAUUUUGGGAACAUUGGGGUUCUUGACCCCCGAUUUGGAAACCACUGGUUUUAAGUAGCAAAGUCAAAGUUUUCCUUAUAAUUCGUACCAUUCCUCUUCUGCAAAUACUCGUUAAUGUGUGGAAAUAUUUUUUUUUAUGCCUACACAUUGUAAUACAUCUGGUCACUGGAAUUUCUGUUUCUGUUGUUGCCCUUUUAUUUUAAUGUACCUGCUUGUCCUUUUUUCCUUGUGUGCCGUAAUGCAGAUUACUUGUCGAUUCCCACCUGGUGGAUCAGGUGAUUUGGUAUUUACUGCGCUAUAAAUAGAUUUAAAUUGGGCUAUGGAAACCACUGAGAUUCAGCGAUGCUUCACAUAUUCUGAGGUGAUGAGUCUGGCUUGAUGUGGUUAAACAGAAAAUAACUGCUGUGAUCAUUUGUGCCGCGCUCAGUGAACUGCUACGAAGGAAGGUACAAGAUGAUGUGUCCAUGUAAAUAAUACGAAUAUAUUUAUUUUCUUAAGAUACAACUUUCUCCAGCUGAUUUGAAGUGUACCUGCUAGAAUCAACAGUUAGCUUUGCUGUUCCUCUUUCCAUCUAAAUGUUUCCUUCCAUCUGCUGACAAACUGACCAUGGCACCAUUUUUGCCUCUUAAAUGUUAUGAGGAGGAUAAAUGAAGGCAAAAUGUAAACUCUGAAAGACAUUAAUACUUACUCUUGAAAGGAGAUUUAGCUAAUAUGUAAAAUAUGAUAUAUGUGUCCUUUUUUCUUCAUGUCCUGUGUUUUAUGCCCUUGUAGGUGAAACCUGUGCACAUUAUAGAUAAAAACAUGUGUGUAGUAGCAGCUUACAAAUGUACAUUGGGGGAAAUUUUGGCUUGAACACAUGAAGUUUGUGUUUAACCACUAUUACUGUCUUUUUGUUGUGGAGGACCUGACGUUUACAUUAGCCACUAUUUCAUCCAGCUGUGAGCGUGGCUUUAAAAAAAGACACAGUUUUGAUAAAUAGUGUUUUUAGUUUCCCGCUAUGACAUUAAAUGUCACCUAAGACCCAUUUGUGACUUCAGCCCUCUGUAAAUUACUCUGCAUAAAAGUCAAACAUCUAAAUUUGACUCAUUAUUCGGCAGCGCGUUGGAUCUUCAAAGGUGUUUUCAUGAUGUCUUCUGUCUGCACAGAGAAAGUAAAUGUUUAAAUCCAACAUUACCGCAGACUGCUGCAGGCUUUCUGGGCAGAAAGCAGAAUCGAUGUAAUCCCAAAAAAUACGUUUGAAGAUGCAACAUUCAGCUGGAUAACAGGUUAAGAAUAACAUUUAGAUUUAUCCGUAAAACUUUGUGUUGCGAACGCUGUGUGACAGAAUCAGGGAGUAAUGUCUGGAGUCCUGAGACCACAAAGGUCCCCUCUGAAUUAUCUUCACCACCAACAUGUUGCCCGUGUAGCCUGAAGUUCACUAGUGCUUCAGUACUUCUCACGACUACUGCAGUUUAACUGUGAAGCAGCUCAGAAUACUGUUUUUAAAGAGGGGAAGAAAUGUUUGUAAUGUCAGUAAUGACUCCUGGCCAGGAUUUUAGAGCUGAAAGGUCUGACUUGUUGUAACACCUUUUUAUACACCUGAAAUUUAUUGUGUGCCAAAUUGAUGCUUCUGUUAUUUUUUGUCUUUCAUGGAUCCAUGUGUGUGCGCGCUAUUGUUGGUCUGUGCAUUAAGUCUCCUCUUGUAAAAACAUCAGAAAGCACGCUGAUUUCACUGCGUGUGGAUUCUACUGGCGACUCCAAUCGAAGGAAAACAAACCGUUAAAGGGCUUUGGGUGUUGAAAUGUUGUUAUAAUAAAUCCAUUCUGGUUUUAAAA